AUGGAGGAAAUAGAUAGGAAAAAGUCUCAUCGAACUCACCUAUCUAAGAGAAAGGUAUUAAAAAAGAAAUUAAAAAAGGAAGGACUGGAUAAGAAAGAAAGACAUAAUCCAAAGGCUUUCACAUUUUCUGGAGGAGUUAAAAGUGUACAAAGAAGGGUGCAAAGAACCCUUGAUAUAGCAUCGAAAAGAGAGAAAGCACCAGGGAUAGAUAAAAGUAAUGUUGAAGAUGAAUCUACACCUCCAUAUAUUGUUGCAGUACAAGGUCCUCCUGGUGUAGGAAAAACAACUUUAAUACGUUCCCUAGUAAAAAAUUAUACAAAAUAUAAUUUAAAUGUAAUUGAUGGAACUGUAACACUUGUAUCAUCAAAGAAUCGUCGUUUAACAUUUAUUGAGUGCCCAAACGAUAUGCAUGGUAUGAUAGAUGUUGCAAAGGUUGCAGAUUUGGUACUACUAUUAAUAGAUGCUAGUUUUUCAUUCGAAAUGGAGACUUUUGAAUUCUUAAAUAUAUUACAAGUACAUGGUUUCCCAAGAGUUCUGGGUGUUUUAACUCAUCUGGAUAAAAUUGAAGAUAACAAGACUUUAAGAAAGACGAAAAAAAAGCUUAAAAAUAGAUUCUGGACUGAAAUUUAUAAUGGAGCUAAAUUAUUUUAUUUAAGUGGAAUUAAUAAUGGUUUCUACAACAAAACUGAAAUACGUAAUUUAUCAAGGUUUAUUGCAGUUCAAAAAUUUGAGAAUUUGUCCUGGAGAAGCUCUCAUCCAUAUAUUGUUUCUUUAAGAAUUGAAGAAAUUAAUGAUGACGAUGAGUAUGUUCAAAACAAUCAAACAAACCAUAGAAAAUCAUCUAAAUACAAUAAACCAGAAACUAGUGUUUACUUUUAUGGAUUUGUUAGGGGUGGAAUGAUUAGAAAAAAUCAAAAUGUUCAUAUUCCAGGUCUUGGAGAUUAUUUCAUUAAUGAUAUAGAUGAGUUUAAUGAUCCUUGUCCUUUACCAGAAACUACUGUAAAAAAAAAUGGAACUAAUGCAGGUUUAAGAGUUUUAAAGAGUAAAGAAAGGAAUAUCUAUGCUCCUUAUUGUGACGUAGGAAAUGUUCAGAUUGAUUCUAACUCUAUGUAUAUUCAUAUUCCAGAUAAUACUGUCAAUUUUACAAGAAGAAAAGUUCUUUUCAAUGAUGGGAAUUCCGAUUCAGACUCUGGUUCUGAUUCAGAGACAGAAAGCCGUACUCAGAGUGAGGAGGAAGAGGAGAGUAUGGAUGAGGAUGAGGAUAUUCAAGACAUUGAUAAGUCUCUUCAGGAAGGGGAAGAGGAAGAAGAUGACGAAUAUUACAACGAUAACAUACAAAAGCAAAGUUUUGAUUCAAACCCAUGUUCUGAAUCUGAUUCUGAGGAUGAAAAAGACCUUCCGGAGGCUGUGAAAUAUGUGAGAAAGUUACAAAAGUCACAGUCUAUUUUAAACAAAAGGGUCAGUGAUUUAUCGUUAAAACUACUUCCAUCAUCAGAAGUUAGCCUGGAGAAUUCUAUAUUAACUGAGAGAGAUCACGAAGCAGGUAAAAAUGAAGAGUCUAAUAAUUAUUCUAUGGAAGCUGAUUAUGAAGCAAUGAAUAAUCAAAGUUCUUACUCUGAGAUAAAAGGCAAGAAUAGUGAUAACUUCCUAUUCAGCAAAAAUGUUAAUUGUUCAUUAAAAGACUUGGUUUAUGGUCAGAACGCCAAGGCUAGACAAUUAUUUAAUAAAAUGAUCACUCAAAAUAAGGAAAGUAGUACCAACUCUAAAAAGAAACUUUUUGAGGAUGAUUUGGAGGAUGAAAACGAUGAAUUUGGUUCAGAGAUGGAUUGUAAUGAUGAAAUUCUUGACUCAUAUAGGAUAAAUGAUGUUUAUAUAUACCCUACAAAGCCAAAGUGUAUUCGAGAAUUAGUUAAUUAUUGGACUGAAGACAAGUUCUACACUUUGAAACAGGAAAAGUUUAUUACUGGUGGAAUAGAUAAUAGUGAUAAUGAAGAAGAAGAAGAAACACAAAAUGGAGGGUCUAAUAAUUUUGAAAAAAUAGCUUCUGGCGAUGAUAAAGGUGAAAAUGAAGAUUUUAAUAAUUACCAGAACAGUGAUUUAGAGAAUGAAAAUGAAGACUCAAUGAAUGAUCAAGGAAGUAAAGUUUUCAAAAUAGGAAAGUAUGUUCGUAUUAGAAUUGACAAUAUAGAUAAGGAAUGGAUUAGAAAUCGUCAAGGAAUUACUAUUUUAGGUACAUUGUUACCAGGAGAAUCAGUUUUUGGUAAUAUAAACAUUAGAAUCAAGAAACACCGUUGGUAUCCAAAAAUCUUAAAAUCUGAUGAUGUAUUAACAUUUAGUAUUGGUUGGAGAAGAUUCCAAUCAAUACCACUAUAUUCAAUAGAGGAUAGAAAUGAAACUAGGUACAGAAUGUUAAAGUACACUCCAGAACAUAUGCACUGUUACUGUACAACUUAUGGUCCUAUAAUACCAUGUAAUUUUGGUAUAUUAGCAAUUAGAAGUUCUGAAAGAACCAGUAACUUUAGAAUUGCAGCGACUGGAGUAUCUGUAGAAAUGCAAGCAAAAAGUAAUAUUGUUAAGAAACUAAAACUGGUUGGAGAGCCUAAAAAGAUACAUAAAAAUACAGCAUUUAUCCAUAAAAUGUUCAGUAGUGAUUUAGAAGUUUCAAAGUUUAUUGGAGCAAAGAUACAAACAGUUAGUGGUAUUAGAGGACAAGUUAAAAAAGCUAUAAGUACGCACGGAUUGUUUAGAGCAACUUUUGAAGAUAAAAUACUUUUAUCAGAUAUUGUAUUUUGUAAAACAUGGGUUUCUAUGACUCCUAGAGAAUUCUAUAAUCCAGUAAUAGAUUUACCAACAUGGAGAAGAAUGAAAACUCAGGCAGAGCUUAGAAAAGAGUCAAACAUUCCUUUGGCAAUUAAAGCAGAUUCUGAGUAUAUAGCCAAGCAGGAUAGGCCAGAUAAGAAGAGAUUUAAUAGUGUACCAGUUCCAAGUAAGUUAGAGAAAGAAUUACCAUUUGCUUCAAAGACAAAGAAUGAGUCCAAGAAGAUCAAAGAUAAGAACCAGGUAGCUGUAAUAAAGAGUACAUUUGAAAAGAGAGUGGCUAAUUUAUUCCAAAGGUUAUCAACAAUUCAAAAAGAAAGGACAGCUCAAAGAAUUGAAAAGAAGAGAAUUAAGAAAGAAAUUAAAAUGAAGAGAAGAGAGCCAAUAGAAAGAAUUAGGGAGGCUAAGAAUGCCGAGAGAAAGAAGAGAAGAUAUGCAUUACAGGGUGUAAAGAUGGAUAAACAAAGAAGAAAAUUGAUGAUGAAGGAUUAA